AUGAUUUAUAAUCAUCAUAUUACUUCAAUGAAAUUUCAUAAUCAUUACUUACUUUUAACAUUUUAUAUACUAUGGACUAUAUUUAAUGUGAAUGCUGAUGUACCAGAAGAUUCAUUGCUUACUAUAGAUUUUCCAUGUGGUCAACAUCCAAUUGAUAUGUUUCUAUCAAGAUUAUUUGAUUAUUUAGAAAAACAAGAAAUAAAUACUGAUAAUUCAUUAUCUAAACUUGAUGAAAUAUUAAAAAUUAAAAUGAAUUAUGCUAAACUUUUAUAUGCAUUUACACCAAUGCCUAAAAGUAGUUAUUAUGUUUAUAAUGAAAUUAUGCGAUUAAUUAAUGAUUGGAAUGAAUGUAUGAAUAAAGAAUUACGCUUAAAAAAAUCAUUUAAACAUGGAAAAUUUCUUCAAAAUAUUAAUACAAUAUUAUCACCUAAAUCACAAUUAAUAUAA